UCUUGAUAAUCAGUCCAAUUCCUAAUGAAAGACAAUAUGGUAAGAAAGAUGUCUCCUAUCAAACAAAAAAGAUAUCACAUGAGUGUGAAACUUGUGGGAAGUCUUUUAAGUUAAAAAAAUAUUUAAUUCAACAUAAAUCUAUUCACACAGAUUCAGAAGUGUACGAGCAUGAAAUCUGCAGUAAAAAGUUCUCUACAAAUAAAAAUUCAUCUGAACACAAACAUAAUCAUACAAGUGAGAAGCCAUAUCACUGUGAUAUGUGUGAUAAAGUCAUUCUCUGUGCGUUCUGGCUUAUCUGAACACAAACAUAAUCAUACAAGUGAGAAGCCAUAUCACUGUGAUAUGUGUGAUAAAGUGUUCACUCUAAAACAUCAUUUAACUAAACACAAACGUAUUCACUUGAAUUUGAGACAAAACCAGUGUGAUAUUUGUGGUAAAACUUUAUCUGUAAAUAGCAGUUUGUCUAAACACAAACGUACUCAUACAGGAGAAAAACCAUAUUGCUGUGAUAUUUGUGGUAAAGAAUUUCUUCAAAAUGGAAAUUUAUUGAUCCAUAGACGUAGUCACACAGGAGAGAAACCAUACCGUUGUAAUAUCUGUGGUCAAACUUUCUCUGUUAAUAGUUCUUUAUCAAGGCACAAACGCACUCACACAGGAGAGAAGCCAUAUUGUUGUGGCAUUUGUGGCAAAACAUUCCCUGCAAAUAGUUCUUUAUUUACACACAAACAAAUUCACUUGGACCAGAAACCAUACCGUUGUGAAAUAUGUGGUAAAGCUUUUUCUAUUAACCAUUCUUUAUCUACACAUAAACGUAUUCACACAGGAGAGAAACCAUACCAAUGUGAUAUCUGCGGUAAAACAUUUACAGUUAGUAGUGGUUUAUCCACGCACAAACGUAUUCACACAGGAGAGAAACCAUAUCAUUGUGAUAUCUGUGAUAAAAAAUUCUCCGAUUAUAGUUCUUUAUCGUUACAUAAGCUUAAACACACAGGAGAGAGACCAUUUCACUGUGAUAUUUGUGGCAAAGCUUUUUCUAAAAAUAGUAAUUUGUUGAACCAUGCACGUAUUCACACAGGGGAGAAACCAUAUCAUUGUGAUAUCUGUGGCAAAGCAUUCUCUGUAAAUAAUAAUUUAAUGAAUCAUAGGCGUGUUCAUACAGGAGAAAAACCAUACCAUUGUGUCAUAUGUGGUAAAAAUUUCUCUACUAAUGAUUGUUUAUCUAACCACAAACAUAUUCACACAGGAGAAAAACCAUAUCACUGUGAUAUCUGUGGUAAAGUGUUCUCCAAUAAGAGUUAUUUUCGAUGCCAUAAACUUAUUCAUACAGGAGAAAAACGUUACCAUUGUGAUAUAUGUGGUAAAAAGUUCUCUACAAGUCAGUAUUUGUAUAAUCACAAACGUAUUCAUACUGGAACAAAGCAGUACCAUUGUGAUAUUUGCGGUAACGCAUUCUUUCGAAAUAGUCAUUUAUUGAGGCAUAAACGUACUCAUACUGGUGAAAAACCAUACCAGUGUGGUCUGUGUGGUAAAGCUUUUGCCACAAAUGGUCAUUUAACUCAACACAAACGUAUUCAUACAGGAGAGAAACCAUAUGAAUGUGAGAUAUGCGGCAUGAAAUUUGCUCGAAGUUGUACUUUAUUGAAACAUAGACGCAUUCAUACAGGAGAAAAACCAUACCAUUGUGAUAUCUGUGGCAGAACUUUUUCAGAUAAGGAUUCUGUAUCCAAACACAAACAUAUUCACACAGAAGGAAAGCAAUAUCAUUGUGAUAUUUGUGAUAAAACAUUUUGUGGUAGUAAUUCAUUUUCCUUGCAUAGACUUAAUCACACAGGAAAGAAACCAUUCCAUUGUGAUAUUUGUGGUAAAGCAUUUCUGAAAAAUAGUAAUUUGUUGAAACACAAACGUGUUCACACAGGUGAGAAACCUCACCAAUGUGAUAUCUGUGGUAGGACUUUCUCUCAAAAGAGUAACUUAGUGACCCAUAAACAUAUUCAUACUGGAGAAAAGCCAUACCGUUGUGAUACAUGUGGUAAAAAUUUCUCUCAGAAAGGUAACUUAUUGAACCAUAAACGUGUUCACAUGGAUUAGAAAUCUAACGUCUCAGAUAUAUAUAUAUAUAUAUAUAUAUAUAUAUAUAUAUAUAC